AUGCAAACGGACCCGUCAUCUGCAUUUGAGACCAUUCACAGACCAUGCAGUAAUUCCGCGCCAUUUUGGUCUGAAGCUCCUGACAAACAUUGUGGGAGACGGAGGAUCGACCGAGAACACACCGAAUUGAUUGUUAGCGGUUCUGCUUCGAAAAGCGGCCACUGGCCCUGGCAUGCUGCUAUUUACAGAAAUCACCGACUAAGUGUGCAGUACAUCUGCGGGGGGACUCUGAUAUCAAAAUUAUUGAUUCUAACAGCUGCACAUUGUGUUACAAUCAAUGAAAUACCGGUAAAUCCUGAAAGGCUUGGAAUUGUUCUCGGAAAAACAUCUCUUUUAACUAAUGAAGUAACUAGUCAAGAAAGAAAGGUAUACCAAGUAAUAGCUCACGAUGACUUUAAAAAGAUAAAUUUAGAUAAUGAUAUAGCUUUACUAAAAUUAAGUACAGAGGUUAUAUAUAAUAAUUACAUUCAACCAGCGUGUCUAUGGCUUGACACAGUGUACGAUCAAUUGGAUUCUUAUGAAAUAACAGGAACGGUUGUAGGAUGGGGCAUUGACCAAACAGAUUUACUAGCAAAGGACCUUCACGAAGCAACAGUACCAAUAGUCCCAACUUUAACUUGCUUUUCUUUUAAUCCUGUAUUCUAUAGCAACCUACUGAAUGAGAAAAAAUUCUGCGCUGGAAAUGCUAACGGUACCGCGGCGUGCAACGGUGACAGUGGAGGAGGAUAUGUAGUAUUCGUUACAGAUUCAAAGAAUCCUGAUUUUAGAGUAGAGUAUGCAACAGGAGCAUGGUACGUGAAGGGUAUCGUGUCCGUCAUCAUAAGCAGAAAAGGUUCAUCACUUUGUGACACAGAGGCAUACACCGUUUUCACGGACGUAGCAAAAUACAGGGAUUGGAUAUUGAAAUACAUGAAUUAGUUACAAUUAUGUAGUGAUUGUAUACAUUUUAGAUA